AUGUAUCUAAGAACACGCGAGAGACAAGGUCCUAGUCGGAUCGCAGAGAAGUCAUACGCGACUACAAACAAAUACUCCCCCGCAAGCUUCACCUCUACAGUCGCUUUCAUCGCCCUUUCGAGAAGCAGUCCAAUGGUAGGGCUAGAGCCAUGUCCAUCUGGCAAAAACAGCACCGUUUCCCUUUACCCCGCCACCGGCUGUGUGUGGUGCAAAACGUCCGCAAUCCUAAUCGAGCUUCGCUGGGGCUUUUGGCAUUACGGCGACUUUGAUCGAACGGACUUGGCCGAUUUCAUAGACAAGGGCUACGGAGAGAUACUCCGACAGCGACCCAAUAGACCACCAUGGUCGCUAGCCCAUGUUAAGAACGGGAAGUUCAGAUUUCGAGCGCGUGAUCCGAAGCGCCCAGGGGUCGGAUAUGAAUUCUUGUUGAAAGAAUACAGUCUUGCGACGUCGGACAGGACCAUGUUCAAGUAUGUCGAUGUUUCAGAGACUUUGGACUGCAUGGUCCGGUACGGGAUAAUGCCCCCUUGGGAUGGGAAACCCCCAGGCGCGGACCUGAGAGUACAUCCCGUGCAUGCCGACGGUGUGGUCGCUGAAAGGUAUUUCAGGGUGUUUCCUGAGAUGCCCGCUGAGGUUGCGACAAGUGAGGUAGAUUGA